AUGGCAAAUUCAGAGGAACAACAAUCGCUCAACGGUGGAUGUAUCGAUGACGAGGACCCCGCCGAUCAAAUAUCGGACGGUGGAUGUAUCGAUGACGAGGACCCCGCCGAUCUGUAUCCGGAGGGCGGCGCCGAGACGUCAGAGCCCGUGACUACUUCGGUCACGAGGAGGUUAACGGAGAUAUUUUUGGCGGACGGCGACGGAGAUCUGCUCCUGCAGAGCAGCGAUCCAGAGAGCGGUUUUCUUCAGUGGUUUCACGCCUUGGAUAUGCAGGUGAUGGGGGCCUGCAGGGCGGAUGAGAGGUUGAAGCCCUUGCUGAAGCUUAACGUCGCUGCUGGCGUGGCUGAGGAUGGUCUGCUAGCUCACCUGACUCAGCACUUCGAGCCUUCAGAAGUUGGUUUGCUAGCCAGUUGCUUGUGUGUACCUCUGGUUUCCAUUCGUGUUGGAAAGAUAGACAAGCAAGGGGCCCUCAUGUCUCCUACAUCUAUAAGGGGUAAUUUACAUCUCACCCUGUUGCCAACUUCUGCUUUGCGAGUAUCAUUUAAUGGGGAUGAUGGAUCUGUGGAGAGGCUGGCAACAUUAAGUACUGAGGUGCACUUAAGCAGCACAGUUAUGGAAGAGAUCCCUUCAGACAAGUCUGGAAGGUCUUUCCUAAUAAAAACACCAGAUAAUGUUUCCUAUUUUUGGUGUUCUGAAAAAUCGAAGCUUUUAGGGGAUGAAUUGCUCAGGAAGAUGAAAAAUUUGCUUGUGACAAAACCUUCACUGGCUGAAUUAACUGGAAUUAGUGAGUCGCGCCUCAACUAUUUCGCUAGUCAUCUUCGAGCAUAUCUUACUGAUACUGUGUUAAGUAGUGCUCCAGUCAGUGGCCUUCUCUUGACUAACCUGGAAGACGAUUCGGACAGUUAUUCUGAUCAUUCUUCACCCCAAUCUCCGUCCAAUUUUCCCAAGAGUUUGUGUCAAGGGUCAAUGACCAACCUGAUCUAUCUGGGUAGUCUCAGUCCCAAGUCAGGUUCUUUUGAGGAGGGCCUGCAAAAACGUUCAUCUUCCUUGAGGAGUGCUGCAGCCCAUGAAGAAGUGAGGCGUCGUGGAGAAGACUACAUGAGAUGUGUUGGCAGCCAAUCCCUUGCUUCAUUAAACUGCACCAUCCUAUCUGGUCCCACUUGCUUUCCUAAAGACAACAUUACUGAAACAAGCAGUACUGCUCAAUCAUUCCCAGCAUUAGAUUUGUUGGAUGUAUUAGGGAAGUCAGUUCCAUUUCAGGAAAUAAAAAUACCUUCAUCAGGUGGCCCAUCUACUCUCUCCCCUCAGUACUGCUGGUGCCCACCCGUUGUAUCGGCUCUGCAGUACACCAUAGGAAACCCACAGGUGCCAAUUGUCUUGGCAACUGAGCCAUUUCCUCUGCCCCCACUUUCUUCUCUUAUGUCAUCCUCAAGGCCGUCCUCUAAUCUCUUGUUGUCAAAGCCGCUUCUGAAUGUGGCUGAGCUCCCACCUCUCGAUUUUCCCAGUCUUGUGCCGGAGCCUGUUGUGAGGCUACCAAACUCACGACAGCUUCCAACAUUUACACCUUUGGUGUGCGACCCGAUCGUGCAUGUGCCUGUGAUUGAUGUCUUCUCAUCGGGCUACUUGGCCACUUCGCUUCCGGGAGGGGAAUCUGCCGUGGAAAAGGGUGCUCGGGAGACGCUUCGGAUGCUCGUGAAUGGCUCCUCCAGCCAGGGGAGUAAUGUCGAGCAAAACGUGUUUGGGGGGCUUUAUAGUGGUACGAGGGAUGUGGUGGCUGCCAGCAUGUCUGCUGCUGCUGCUGCUACUGUGGGGCUGGUUUUGUUGUCUGAGAAAUCGGUGGGGGGUGGAAUUGGCAAAAAAUGCCUUAGCAGGGAUAAUUUGGUGAUUGAUCAUAAGGAGAAGCCAUCUGGGUCUGGGUCUGGGUCUGGGUCUGGGUCGUCUGAGUUUGAUUAG